AGUUCGGAACUCGUAUAUAUAGUAACCGCGCGUAUCACGACCACCAACGGGAACGUGUGUUCUGCCACUAAACGAAGUAUCACACGUAAAUUCAACACAAGAAUGAAUAAAUCUGACCGAUAUGAGGAUCACAAACACUAUCAUAACCUUUUUUCUACUGAUAAGCUUCUUUAAUCCAAUUAAAUAACGAUAAUGCAAUCCGAAUACUUUGUAAUUCAUGGUGGAAGUCAUCUGUUGCUGAAUCUCUGGUAUUAAACCCUCUACAUCAGCGCAAGCUCGAUAUAUCGAAUAGAGGCGCUGAACGUAUCUCACGUUUGAAAUUGAUAGAAACUGAUGAUGACUACGCGGUGUACGGUGGAAUUAACUUGACUCGCAUGUUGUCAUACAAAUUGACCAGAGGCCAGGCAAUAUCCUUGUCCACUUCGCGGUGGUCUAAUGUGUUACGAUGGGUAUGGUACACGCAUCAGGAAAAAAAGUGGAAGAACCCAGAGUAGUAACCGACCAACCGGAAUGCGUACCGUGCGAGACUACGCAAGAGAAAGCGCCUGGAAACCCGGGAAGCUUCGAAGAUAUCCAUAAAAAAGUCAAAGACAUCUACCCGCAAAAUUUCGAGGGAGCACGAUUGACCAUCAACAAAAUUCUUAGCGAUCAUUUCAACGUGACGCAUUCGAUCACUCUGAGCGCCGUCACUCCGUCCGGAUACAAGUUCGGCACUCGUUACAUCGGUACUAAAAUGAUCAAUUUGAUCGAGAGGUACCCCGUGGCGCAAGGUGAGAUCAUGCCUAACGGAAACUUGACCGCUUCGUUCAUACACACGCUCGGGUGUCGAUUCCGAUACAAAUUGUCGGCGCAGAUCGCCGACGGCAAAUGCAAAGCGUCGAGUUCCAGCAUGGAGUAUCGAUCGGACGAUUUCACGCUCGCCGUGACCCUGGCCAACCCGCGACUCACCAGGAAACAAGGAACAGUGGUAAUCCACUUUUUACAAUCCAUCACAUCGAGGAUUGCAUUGGGAGUCGAGAUUGCAUGCCUCCGUGGGUCAAAAGUUCCAGGCGGCCAACAGACGGUCAUGUGCGUGGCGUUCAGACACAGCACUGGCCCCACGACGUUAUCUGGAACCAUUGGCGAAGCGGGUCUUCACGUUUGCUACCAUCGGAGAGCCAGCUCGCAACUGGAGCUCGGUGUCGAGUUAGAAACGAACACGAGAACCCAUCAGUCGAUCGCGACUAUAGUAUAUCAAGUAAACGUACCUUACGCGGAUCUCGUUUUUCGCGGCAUCGUUAACUCUGAGACCACGGUCGGCGGCGUGUUCGAGAAGAAGUUGUACCCGAUUCCAGAAUCGACAUUAGUCAUCAGUGGCCUUUUAAACCACAAGAAACAGCGAUUUCGUGUAGGAGUUGGUCUUAACAUUGGACAAUGACAACGACCAUUUGACGGGAAACU